GUUCCCGGGCAGUAUAAAGUUUGCUGUCUCCUUUGUUCGCCCUCGUUGCGCAGUAGUGCUAGCAGCUUUUCUCUUCCGUCUUUUGAGCCAGUGGACCUCCCUCGUGCUGAACUGCUGAGAAGACCCUGCCCACGAGCUCGUUGGAGCUUGAAACCACCUUCACCUCUCCGACUCUCACCGGGGGAAAAAUGGUCGAAGCAGAUCGCCCAGGAAAGCUCUUCAUUGGUGGCCUCAAUACAGAAACAAAUGAGAAAGCCCUUGAAGCAGUAUUUGGCAAAUAUGGACGAAUAGUGGAAGUACUCUUAAUGAAAGAUCGUGAAACCAACAAAUCAAGAGGAUUUGCUUUUGUCACCUUUGAAAGCCCAGCAGAUGCUAAGGAUGCAGCCAGAGACAUGAAUGGAAAGUCCUUAGAUGGGAAAGCCAUCAAGGUAGAACAAGCCACUAAACCAUCGUUUGAAAGUGGUAGACGUGGACCGCCUCCACCUCCAAGAAGCAGAGGCCCUCCAAGAGGCCUUAGAGGCGGAAGAGGAGGAAGUGGAGGAACCAGGGGACCUCCCUCACGUGGAGGGCAUAUGGAUGAUGGUGGUUAUUCCAUGAAUUUUAACAUGAGUUCUUCCAGGGGACCACUUCCAGUAAAAAGAGGACCACCACCACGAAGUGGGGGUCCUCCCCCUAAAAGAUCUGCUCCUUCAGGACCAGUUCGCAGCAGCAGUGGAAUGGGAGGAAGAGCUCCUGUGUCACGUGGAAGAGAUAGUUAUGGAGGCCCACCUCGAAGGGAACCCUUGCCUUCUCGUAGAGAUGUUUAUUUGUCCCCAAGAGAUGAUGGAUAUUCUACGAAAGACAGUUACUUUUGUUUUUGUAGCUAUUCAAGCAGAGAUUACCCAAGUUCUCGUGAUACAAGAGAUUAUGCACCACCACCAAGAGAUUAUACUUACCGUGAUUAUGGUCAUUCCAGUUCACGUGAUGACUAUCCAUCAAGAGGCUAUAGUGAUAGAGAUGGCUAUGGUCGUGAUCGUGACUAUUCAGAUCAUCCAAGUGGAGGUUCCUACAGGGAUUCAUAUGACAGUUAUGGUAACUCACGUAGUGCUCCACCUACACGAGGGCCCCCGCCAUCUUAUGGUGGAAGCAGUCGCUAUGAUGAUUACAGCAGCUCACGUGACGGAUAUGGUGGAAGUCGAGACAGUUACUCAAGCAGCCGAAGUGAUCUCUACUCAAGUGGUCGUGAUCGGGUUGGCAGACAAGAAAGAGGGCUUCCCCCUUCUAUGGAAAGGGGGGGGUACCCUCCUCCACGUGAUUCCUACAGCAGUUCAAGCCGCGGAGCACCAAGGGGUGGUGGCCGUGGAGGAAGCCGAUCUGAUAGAGGGGGAGGCAGAAGCAGAUAUUAAAAACAAAACUUUGGACCAAAAUCCCUGUUCAAAGAAAGAAACAAAAAGGAACCUAUUCUGUCAUAACUACCCAAGGACUACUAAAAGAAAAUUGUUACCUUUUUUUAAAUUUCCUGUUAAGUUCCCCUUCCAUAAUUUUUAUGUUCUUGUGAGGAAAAGCGUGAAAACAUGUUUAAUCUAUUUGAUUUUAUGACAUUGCUUUCAACAAGCAAAUGUUACAUGUGUUAAGACUUGACUUGUGUACUAGUGUUGUAAUUUUCCAAGUAAAGUGUCCCUAAAGGCCACUUUCUGAUUUUUCCCAGUAAAUGAGGCAAGCCAUUCUAAGAUCUUCCACAAACACCUAGCCAUCUAAAAUGGAGAUGAAUCCCUCUGCCUAUACAAACAAGCUAGCUAUUAGGGGGUGGUCGGGGGUAUACUACUCUUAGGAUACCAGUCUUCAAACUGAAAUCUCAAAUGUUCUCAGUAUGAAAAACCUGAGAUCAGGUGCUUAUGUAAGGAAAGUGCUAUUCACCCAGUAAACCCAAAACAAAUGGAUAGUGCUGGCCAUAUUUUGCCUUUCUGACAUUUCCUUGGGAAUCUACAAGAACCUCCCCUUUCCCCUCCCCCAAUAAGACCAUUUAAGUGUGUGUUAAGCAACUACAGAAUACUAAAUAAAAAGUUUGGCCAAAACCAACCAUGAAGCUGCAAACGAUGCUUGCUCUUACUGUUUCAAAUUUUUGCAACUCUGUAGUGUCUCACUUUUAAGGAACAGCUUGAUUGCAAAGGAGAAAAUAGAUAAGCAAUGAAGUUAUCUCCAACUUCUCAAAGGCUUAUGACUUCUAAAAAGUGAAUCUAUCAGCAUUCCACAUCAGAUUUAAAGCAUCAAAUGCCUGUGAAACCGCAAAGAUGGUUGAGGAUUUUGGUCAUUAAGGUCAUGGAGUGCUGAUUUAUUCACACUAGAUAAAGCUGGCAGCGAGAGAAAUCAAAUGCUAAGAGUUGAAGCAGAAGAAUGCUGAUGGUGGAUAAGGCACAACAGUUGCAUAAACAGUACUCGUCAGAAUUGGUUUGGUGCAGGCAAUAGAUUUUUGCCUUCAAGGGUUCCUGUGGGUCUAAGGAAGGCAAUCAGUGUUGGUUAGCACUCUUAACUAAGGAGUAGUAGUUACUUAAGUAAUUGACCAGAUGGAGAAAGGGGAGCAAUUAAGGAAAUUGGUAAGUGGAGGUAGUCAGGAAGUUCUCCUGGUUCUUUAUGUAGAUUUUUAUAGCUUUGGCUUUGAUCUCGUUGAGCUAAAGUUACAGGGACAACUCUAAUUUAGAACUUCCUAAUUAUGACUCAAAAUUGAAUUGGAAAAAUGAAAGGCAUAAGUGGUAACUUGUUAUCUAGUAAAGUGUCUGAUUUUCAGCAAGUGAAACACUGUUACUUUUUCCAGAAGUGGGAUUUAGUCGUAUAAAAAAAACUAAAGGGAGGAAUGAUAAUCUGGAAACUAAGUGACUGGAAACAUGGCUAAAAUUAUCUAAAGCACACUUUAAAAAGGACACAAAAUUGGGCCACUUGGCCUUCUUUUUAACUAUUGUUUUGUAAGCCAACUUUACCCCCACCUCCUGUCUUGGAAACAAAUGAAGACACUACUUGAUUACAUUAGAGACUAGAGCUGAUAGUAUAAAAGCUACUGUUCUCAAAGGAAACAAAAUUGUUGAGUUGUUGGAUCUAGAAGAACCAACUCAAUUUGAGAGUUUUUGCAUAGUAAAUAUCAGUACUAUCAUGUCCAACAUUCGCCAUUGUGGAAAAUAAUCCAAAAAAUGUAACCCUCAUUUAGUAUGCUCUUGAAUCACAGUGAGGGUAUUGACCAAGUUUAAACAGCUGUUGCACUUACAUAGAUGUUUUCCUCAAUCCUAUAACCUAUAUUACUUGGGUUUAUGCUUCUUUUGGCUCUUGAGAUUUUAUUUAGAUGUAGUGAAGAUGGUAUGGAACAUUGAGAUUAAUCAUAAUAAAUAUCAAUUCUGAAUUCAGAUUAAGUAGUACACUUAAAUGACAAGACAGCUUUUUGGCAAAUAGAUUACUGACCCAGUAGACUUAAUUCUGCUCUCAUUGGAAAAUAAUUGGUCUUGAUUCUUCUGACUUUAUAUACUGGUUGUAAAAGAAAUAAUGAUAGAGUGUUUUUCUUGUUUAGUCGAAUAUAGAGAGCAUAGGUAUUAUAGAUCACUUUUCUCUUUUUGGAAUGUUUUGUAUUUGAAACUUAAUAAAACUGAACAUGCA